UCUUCUUCCUCAGAAUAACCAAAACCCCACCAACAACAACAAUUCAAAACCUCUCUCUCUCUCUCUCUCUAACUCCCAAACAAACAAACUCAAGAGAUCUGAAUAAUCUUGAUCAUCCCAUUCACUAAACACACAACUUUUUCAAAACCAAAUGGAUCAGAUCGAAGCAAUGUUGUGCAACGGAGGAGAGAAGACAGCCAAACCAGCCGUGAUGACAAAGACGGUGUCGGAUCCGUUGAAUUGGGGUUUAGCCGCUGAGCAAAUGAAAGGAAGCCAUCUUGACGAAGUCAAGAAGAUGGUUGAAGAGUACCGUAGACCAGUUGUUAAUCUUGGAGGAGAAACACUAACGAUCGGACAAGUUGCUGCCAUCUCCACCGUAGGCGGCGAUGUUAAGGUUGAGUUAGCUGAGUCUUCAAGAGCCGGUGUGAAAGCUAGCAGCGAUUGGGUUAUGGAGAGUAUGAACAAAGGCACUGACAGUUACGGUGUCACCACUGGCUUUGGUGCUACUUCUCACCGCAGAACCAAAAACGGCACCGCCCUACAAACUGAACUCAUUAGAUUUUUGAACGCCGGAAUAUUCGGAAACACGAAGGAGACAAGUCACACGCUGCCGGAGUCCGCCACAAGAGCCGCCAUGCUCGUAAGAGUCAACACUCUACUCCAAGGAUACUCAGGGAUCAGAUUCGAGAUCCUCGAAGCGAUCACGAGUCUCCUCAAUCACAACAUCUCUCCUUCGCUUCCCCUCCGUGGAACCAUAACCGCUUCCGGCGAUCUCGUUCCUCUCUCCUACAUCGCCGGACUCCUCACGGGACGUCCCAACUCCAAAGCCACCGGUCCUAACGGCGAAUCCUUAACCGCGAAAGAAGCUUUCGAGAAAGCCGGGAUCAGUACCGGAUUCUUCGAUCUGCAGCCUAAGGAAGGGUUAGCUCUAGUUAACGGCACGGCGGUUGGAUCUGGCAUGGCGUCGAUGGUUCUAUUCGAAGCGAAUGUUCAAGCGGUGUUAGCUGAGGUUUUGUCGGCGAUCUUCGCGGAGGUGAUGAGCGGGAAGCCUGAGUUCACCGAUCACCUGACUCACCGUUUGAAACAUCACCCUGGACAAAUCGAAGCGGCGGCGAUAAUGGAACACAUCCUCGACGGAAGCUCAUACAUGAAAUUAGCUCAAAAGCUUCACGAGAUGGAUCCGUUACAAAAACCUAAACAAGAUCGUUACGCUCUUCGUACAUCUCCUCAAUGGUUAGGUCCUCAAAUCGAAGUGAUCCGUUACGCGACGAAAUCGAUCGAGCGUGAGAUCAACUCAGUCAACGAUAACCCGUUGAUCGAUGUUUCGAGGAACAAGGCGAUUCACGGUGGUAACUUCCAAGGAACACCGAUCGGAGUAUCUAUGGAUAACACGAGAUUGGCCAUUGCUGCGAUUGGGAAGCUUAUGUUUGCUCAGUUCUCUGAGCUUGUUAACGAUUUCUACAACAAUGGACUUCCUUCGAAUCUAACAGCUUCGAGUAAUCCAAGUUUGGAUUAUGGUUUCAAAGGAGCUGAGAUUGCUAUGGCUUCUUACUGUUCUGAGCUUCAGUACUUGGCUAAUCCAGUCACAAGCCAUGUUCAAUCAGCUGAACAACAUAACCAAGAUGUCAACUCUCUUGGAUUGAUCUCUUCACGUAAAACAUCUGAAGCUGUUGACAUUCUCAAGCUUAUGUCAACAACGUUCCUUGUUGGGAUAUGUCAAGCUGUGGAUUUGAGACAUUUGGAAGAGAAUUUGAGACAAACUGUGAAGAACACGGUUUCUCAAGUGGCUAAGAAAGUGUUAACCACUGGUGUCAAUGGUGAGCUUCAUCCAUCGCGGUUCUGCGAGAAAGACUUGCUUAAGGUUGUUGAUCGUGAACAAGUGUUCACAUACGUGGAUGAUCCAUGUAGCGCUACGUACCCGUUGAUGCAGAAGCUAAGACAAGUCAUUGUUGAUCACGCUUUAUCUAACGGUGAGACAGAGAAGAAUGCAGGGACUUCAAUCUUUCAAAAGAUUGGAGCUUUUGAAGAGGAGCUUAAGGCUGUGCUCCCAAAGGAAGUGGAAGCGACUAGAGCGGCUUACGGUAAUGGAACUGCUGCGAUUCCGAACCGGAUUACGGAGUGUAGGUCGUAUCCGUUGUAUAGGUUCGUGAGGGAAGAGCUCGGUACGAAGUUGUUGACCGGAGAAAAGGUUGUGUCUCCAGGAGAGGAGUUUGAUAAGGUUUUCACUGCAAUGUGUGAAGGUAAACUGAUUGAUCCGUUGAUGGAUUGUCUCAAGGAAUGGAACGGAGCUCCGAUUCCGAUUUGCUAAGAGAGCAUUCCUCUGUUCUGUUCUGUUCUGUUUUCAAUUGUUCUGUUUCGAUUUAAAUUUUUGUUGUUCUUUUACUGUUUUAAGUUUGAAUUGAGUUUUUGAUUGUAAUGUGAAUGAAUGGUUUCACUCUGUAUGAUAUAUAUGAUAUAAAACUUACGUGUAAAACUAGUUGUUAACUUGUUACUUUCAUGUUGCCAUUUGAGGAUUCGGACACAGUUGACAAAAGAGAGUGAUCAAGAAAAGAAGACUUGUGAUG